AUGGGCUGCACUCACUCAAAGACGCACGCCCGAAAGAAGGACGCUGCCUCGAUUGGUAAGCUGCCUGUGGUCAUGGAGACCACGUGGUCGGACAUUGGUCUCCAGUUCGUGCCAGGCGAAGUGAGCAUCAACGAGUACGGCAUUGCCUAUUACAACUUUGACGGCUUCAACCCGGCAGACAGUCACCAGGAGAUCCACGUGUGCAAGCGCUACUCGGAGUUCAAAAGCCUGUACGUCGACAUGUGCAAGUUGAUCCGAAAGGAGGACAAGUGCCAGAUGUCUUCGACUCUCCCUUCUAUGCCUCCAGCGAAUGCUGUCACGUUCGUGCUCGGUCGGGGCAAUGAGAUUGUCGUUAAGGCGCGUGAAGCUCAGUUUCUCAAGCUCCUCAACGCGAUGGCAAGUCACCCAAUUGCCUCCCAAAGCAAGUUGUUCACUCGGUUCAUCGAGUAG